AUGAAAAUUCAAAACUUGCAAGUCAAGUCAAAACACACCAAGACGUUUUUGAAAAAGACAAUGGAAACAGCGUUUGUCUUCAACUUUUUUUUCUUCACUAACUAUCAUAUCGUUGAAUACACUAUGAGUUUGACUUGGAAUCGUAGCAAAGAAAUUGUUGAAUGUGGAGAAAAAGUUCGCAAACUGAACUUUAAAACGGAGGAUGUAAAGCCAUCAGCUCCUGUCUUCACGUACGACGGUAACUUCCGAGAGUUCAAGGUUUGCGAUUCGAUUACCUGCGAGAGUAAAACUGGAAAAGAAAUUGAAUACUUCAUGACCUCCACUAAACCAUUCGACCAAUGCGGUAAAGAGCCUAACACCAUUAGGUUGAAACAAGUUGGAAAGCAAACAGUGACGUGCAAAGCUUCUGUAUAUCUUGGUAAAAAAGAAGAUUAA